AUGUCCCCGGGUCCCGAGGUCCCUGUGCAGGUGUGGGUAGACGGCCAACUCUUCCAGGCCGAGCAGUCGCUGCUGGUGGAGCACUGCGGCUUCUUCCGUGGGCUCUUCCGCUCUGGCAUGCGGGAGGCGCGCGCGUCCGAGGUGCGCCUGGCUGCGCUGAGCGCGGCGGGCUUCGGCACGGCGUUACGGGUGCUGCGCGGAGAGCGGCCGGCGCUGGUGGCCGACGACGAGUUGCUGCAGGCGGUGGAGUGCGCCGCGUUCCUGCAGGCGCCCGCGCUUGCGCGCUUCCUGGAGCACAGCGUCACGUCGGACAACUGCUCGCUGCUGUGCGACGCAGCCGCCGCCUUCGGUCUGCACGACGUGCUCCACAGCGCUGCGCUCUUCAUCCGCGACGGCGCGCACGAGCUGGUGGCGGAAUUGGAGCUGCCCGAGGCCCGUGCCUACGUGGCGGGGCUGCGACCCAGCACCUACGUGGCCGUGAGCACGCACACACCCACACCUGGUUUUCUAGAGGAUGCGUCGCGCACCAUGUGCUACCUGGACGAGGAAGAGGACGCCUGGCGCACGCUAGCUGCACUGCCCUUGGAGGCCAGCACGCUGCUGGCAGGCGUAGCCACUCUGGGCAACAAGCUCUACAUCGUGGGUGGUGUAUGUGGCGCCAGCAAGGAGGUUGUGGAGCUGAGUUUCUGUUAUGACCCAGAAGGUGGCACCUGGUGCGAGUUCCCCAGCCCGCACCAGCCGCGCUAUGAUUUGGCGUUGGCCGGCUUUGAAGGCCGCCUCUAUGCCAUUGGUGGCGAAUUCCAGAGGACGCCCAUGAGCUCCGUGGAGUGCUACGAUCCCACCACAGGCUGCUGGAGCUUUGUGGCGGACUUGCCACAGCCAGCUACAGGGGUUCCCUGUGCCCACGCGCGUGGCCGCCUUUUUGUGUGCCUGUGGAGGCCGGCAGAUAUCACUGCCGUCGUUGAGUACGUGGUGCAGAUGGACAAGUGGCUGCCGGUGGCUGAACUAUGUCAUUCGCAGAGCUACGGCCACUUUAUGGUGGCCCAUCGUGACAGUCUCUAUGUGGUGCGUAAUGGACCUUCUGAUGACUUCCUGCACUGUGCCAUCGAUUGCCUCAACCUGGUCACAGGCCAGUGGACAUCGCUUCCUGGCCAGUUUGUCAACAGCAAGGGAGCACUCUUCACGUCCGUGGUGCGUGGGGACACCGUCUAUACUGUCAACCGUGUAUCCACGUUGGUGUAUGCCAUUGAAGAUGGCACCUGGAGGCUGCUCAGGGAGAAGGCUGGGUUUCCUCGGCCUGGCUCUUUGCAGACCUUUCUUCUGCGGCUGCCGCCGGGCACUACUGGGCCUGUGGCCACCGCAUUGCCAGAGUUGUGA